GUCGACGACCUCCACAGCACCACGCCCGCCAUAAUGUCUGCCCUCCCCCGCUCAAUUGGCUCCCGCCUGCUCGCACCCGCCCUGCGACCCUCGGCGACACGCUCGCUCGCCCCCGCAUACCGCACAUACGCGACCAACGAGCCCACUCCCCACCAGCACAAGACAAGCUCCGAAGACGCGCCCGCUGUCCCCUCCAAGAGCGAGUCCACCCAGAUCAGAGAGGAGAGUGCUGCCGAGGGCUUGAGGCACGCGCCGGACUACAACGUCGCCGUCGACUACAGAACAUCCAACUUCUCGCCUAUUCCCAAGCGCGUCAUGGAUGGCAGCGAGCCUGGUGAGAGCGUAGCUGCGGCUGUUCUGUCUGGUGCGCCAGUCGAUCUCCAGGCCCGCCAAGUUCGCAUCUACAAGCCUGCAAAGACCGCCACACAGUCAGGAAACUGGACUUCGGAACACUGGCUCAUGGACUGGGACGUGCUCGCCAAGGGCCACCGCUGGGAGAACCCUCUCAUGGGGUGGGCUUCCUCUGCCGACUUCAUGAACGGCCACCGACUCCAGUUCAAGUCCAAGGAGGAUGCCAUCAACUUUGCUAACAAGCAGGGCUACGAGUACUUUAUCCAGGAGCCCAACGUUCGCAAGUUCGUCCCCAAGGCAUACGCAAACAACUUCACACACGUCCCCGGAAAGUUGAAGCAGGUCAGGACAAAGUAAAGAGAUGCGGUGGAGAUGACUUAUCACGUGUAAAUACUGGGCUCAAGUGUACUUUUCGUUUGUUGUUCAA